GGACCAGUAGGUAGCACUGGAGCUAUUGGCCCUCAGGGUCCCCCCGGACCAAAAGGAGAGAAGGGGAAGGGACUGUCUGGGGUGAAAUACGUUCGCUGGGGAAAAACGAACUGCUCUGGAGAUGCUACGACGGUGUACAGUGGUAAGGGUGGACGACUGCAUAUUUAAUCGUCUACUCAUCUAUAGCUUCAAUCUAAUUAAUUCAUCGAACUAGUUUAUCAUACCUAAGGUAGCAAUUUUGUUUGAUGUCUGGUUUACGAGCGUGAUUUACUAAUUUAAAAUUGAUAUCUGUUUCUAUAUAGGGCAGUGGUAAGAAAUUCUGUAUGACAUGCAUAUAAUUAUUUAUUAAGAUUACAUUAGUAUUUAUUUGGCAGUCUGUUUUAGAAUAGUAUCUUUUUAGUUUGGAGGACCUGGACCCAAUAGAGCGUGAGCAUGAUAUAUUGUAAAGGCGGAGGAGUUCAAUUCCAUUUUUUGGGGGGCCAUCACCGGCUGUUUUAGAUGAAUAAAUAAACUGCUUUUAUCGGCUAGUUCGAUUCUGUUUGCUUAUAUAACGGAUUUAAAACUGAUGUGUUCUCCGUGAACGCGCACCAAGUAAUCUAAAUUACGUUUUGCAUGUCUCCAUGUUUUCUCUUGUAGUUAAUUAACUUACCAGACAUCUUUUGCUACCUUUGCUCAAUCAGUUAUAAUCUAGUGAAAAUCGAAUUCCCACGCAAAUAAUUUUUAAGGAGAAUUUAGUUCUGAAAUCAUGGUUAUUUUUUACUUCUAAUUAGGAAUCAUGGGUGGAGAGCAUUACACUCACUCUGGAGGCGCAGCGAAUUAUCUUUGCCUUCCAAAGGUUCCAAAGUACGAUCAGUACAAAGAUGGCGUUCAGCACGGAGGAUUGAUGUAUGGCACUGAGUACCAACUGUCGUUCAACCCUUUUGACAAAACCCUCCAAGACCACAACGCAGCUUGUGCCGUCUGCUAUGUCGAGUCACGUGGCUCAAUGCUAAUGAUGCCCGCACGGAAUGAUUGUCCAUCCGGAUGGACCCAGGAGUAUCAUGGGUACCUGAUGACUGAACAUUACACCCACAAGAGUCAAAAAGAAUUCGUCUGUAUUGACAGAAACGCGGAGUACGUCCCUGGAACCCAGGCGAACACGAAUGGUGCCUUGCUCUACUUUGUUGAAGGGACGUGUGGAAGCCAUUUGCCGUGUGGUCCAUAUGUUUCAGGUCGAGAGUUGACUUGCGCUGUGUGUACCAGGUGA